AGUUUUUCUUAUUUUAAUAACUGUUACAUAGGUAUAUUAUAUUCGAGUAUGAAGUUUCGAAUAUAGACAUUAAAAUAUAUUUUACAUCAUAUAAUCUAAUAAAAGUAUAAUUCUGUGGGCAUUUUAUUCGAACAGAAGUUAGAUUUGAAACGUAACUUUUGAACUUCGCAAUUUUCCGUUGGUGGUCGUGCGCUUUCGGGCGCCUGGUUGCGGGUUCGCGUAGUGUUUCGAGAUUCGGUCGGACGAGUUAAACGCGGCGGCGGGCGGGUACACGGGCUCGCCGUGGCCGCCGCUAGAACUAGACCCCGUGGGAUGGGGCCGAAAGCUGUACCCAUCGGGGGCACCGAGGUCUUCAGGUGGGCUCAUGUUCGGCCUCCAUCAUCAGGAAGCUGCUGGAGGUCUUCACGCGCAGCCACGAGGACCUGUCACCUCGUUGAAAGAGGAACCUCUGACGCGUGCGUGGAUGACGCCCACCUCGCUAGUUGAUAAUACCAAUAGCGUGGGUGUGGGUCGGGCGCAUUUCGAGAAGCAACCGCCCAGCAACCUGCGCAAGAGCAACUUCUUCCACUUCGUGGUGGCGUUGUACGAUCGAGCUGGCCAGCCUGUCGAGAUCGAGAGGACAGCCUUUAUAGGAUUUAUUGAAAAAGAUCAGGAAGCCGAGGGCCAGAAGACAAACAAUGGAAUCCAAUAUAGACUGCAGUUACUGUAUGCAAAUGGUAUUAGACAAGAACAAGAUAUUUUUGUUCGGCUCAUAGAUUCAGUCACAAAACAGCCUAUCGUUUACGAGGGUCAAGAUAAAAAUCCAGAAAUGUGCAGGGUUUUACUUACGCAUGAAGUUAUGUGCAGUCGGUGUUGUGACAAGAAAAGCUGCGGUAACCGAAACGAAACGCCUUCAGAUCCUGUUAUAAUUGACAGAUUCUUCUUGAAAUUCUUUCUAAAGUGCAAUCAGAACUGUUUGAAGAAUGCCGGUAAUCCUCGGGACAUGAGAAGGUUUCAAGUGGUAAUAUCAACGCAAGUGAUGGUGGACGGGCCUCUGUUAGCGAUAUCAGAUAAUAUGUUCGUUCACAACAACAGCAAACACGGCCGAAGAGCGAAGCGGCUAGACCCAACUGAAGGUAUUGACGCCGCGCCAGAACCUACUUCGGGUUUGUACCCACCCUUGCCGGUAGCAACGCCGUGCAUCAAAGCGAUAUCACCGAGCGAAGGAUGGACUUCAGGGGGAUCGACAGUGAUCAUAGUUGGAGAUAACUUCUUCGAUGGACUCCAAGUCGUGUUCGGAACGAUGCUGGUUUGGAGUGAGCUAAUAACAUCACACGCAAUAAGGGUACAAACACCACCAAGGCAUAUACCUGGGGUCGUCGAGGUAACGCUUUCUUACAAGAGUAAACAGUUCUGCAAGGGAGCUCCAGGAAGAUUCGUCUAUGUUUCAGCUCUCAACGAGCCGACCAUAGACUAUGGAUUCCAAAGGCUACAAAAGCUCAUACCGAGACAUCCUGGUGAUCCUGAGAAGUUACCAAAGGAAAUCAUUCUAAAAAGGGCAGCUGACCUCGCAGAAGCCCUAUAUUCUAUGCCUCGUAACAACCAGCUUGGGCUUGGCGCACCGAGGUCACCACCGGCGAGCAUGCCGUUUAAUUCAUACACAGGCCAGUUAGCUGUCAGUGUUCAGGACACCGCAGCGUCGCAGUGGACUGAAGAGGAGUACGCGCGUAGUGGAGGCUCGGUAUCGCCGCGGUAUUGUUCCGCGGCGUCCACACCGCACGCCGCGCCCGCGACCUACCCACACCCACAGCACUACCCUGCGCCGCCCACCUCACUAUUCAACACUACGUCGCGAAUGAGCGGGCUUGUUUCAUCGCCGUUCAGCGUGAAUCCAUUCUCUCUGCCAACAUGCAGCGCCCAACAGUAUGCCCAAACAGCCCCUCUAGCUUCCAAGUAGCCCUCGUUUUACUACACCACGACCGCAUUAAAUGUUACUGGUUAGUUUUUAACCAAUACCCAUAAACACCUAUAUUGCUCAUAUUCAAUUAUAUGUAAUACUGCUGUCCAAAAUAUUCACAUAAUUUGUUAGUUAAUUCAAUAUAUAAUAUGAGAACCGAAUAUAUUGAGAAGUUACAAUAUAUUUUUGUGAAGAUGUAAGGAAAAAAAAUUGCGGCGUGUGUAGCUAAAUGUAAAUAACACUUAUUGUAAUUUAAAUGUAAAUAAAAAUAAUUAUUAUAAUAUUCAUAGAUCGAUUGCUAGAUUGGAAUUAGUGUAGAUUUUUAUAAAUAUUAAUGCCCAAUAAAAUGUAUUUAUUAUUGUCCCACUGAGACUAUAAAAAAUGUUCAGGGCGACAAAAAUACAUCAAAUCUCUGUAUAAAGUUAUAUAUUAUCUUAUUGUAUCUUCCUUUUGCAAUUUGUGUGUUUUGUAAUUUUUGUUUUUGUACAAUCUGUGAUAUAUUUAUUAUAAGUACCUACUGUUGUAAAUUUUAAUCUAAUGUAUAAUAUGAAUUUUUCGGAUCUUGAACUUGACUAGAGUUAAGAUGACUUGUUUCAUUCACGGCUUGUUUUCUCGAAUUACAACGGAAAAUAUGAAAUGAUCAUAUCUCGAAACAAAACAUAUCUAUAUAAAUUAAAUAGAAAACUAUGGGAAUAUUAUAUAAGGAUACAACGAAAAAAUAAAUCUCACUUCGAAAUGAAGGUAGAUGUAUACGAAAUAAAAAAAUAAAUUUUCUCCCAAGAACACUUUAGUUGGAUUUUCACAGAAUCCGUUUUCGAGGUGAAUCUCACUGAAUAUGAAAUAUGUAGUCACGUAUAUUGUUUAACACAGUUAUUGUAUAUCAAAUAAGAUAUGUACAUUGUAAUCAUUCAUGAAACAAA